AUGCCUCGGCUAGACACAGAGCCUGAAUAUGGUCGUCAAGGCAGAAAGCAUCACCCUGACCGCUGCAUCAUGUCCAACUGUGAUUGUCUUGGAAACCACUCGCUUUCAAUAUGCCUGAUUGCGAUAUUCCAGCGCAGAGCUCCUCAGUUUGCUGCUAAUAAUUCAUCGACGUAG